UAUCGAGCCAGUCUGUCCUAUCACUGACUUUAUAAUUCUUACAGUUCUAGUAUGUUCAGUAUGGCUGGCGAGGGAGGUUCUAGCCUCUGGAACAACACCGCGUUUUCAGGGUCUUACACGCCUUCUCCUGGACCCACCUUGACAAAUAUGACGUCACCCGAUGCAGAUUCAUUCUCGCCGCCCCCAUUGAAAGUCCCGCAGCCACAGUUCAGCUUGUUUCAGCAGGGUGCAUAUAUGCACGAAAACCAAGCCUUGCGAGAGCAUUGUGGGAUCUUGGAAGCGCAGGUCACCAAACUCUCCAUCGAACGUGAUACUAUCCAGGCAAUGUUUCACCAGCUCGCCUCCUCUGUGUGCCUUGACGAAGCUGUGGAGUCUCUCAGCUCCAAAGGCACGCACUUAUCACUAUCGGCACCCAGCACCAGUAACGCCAAACGGCCCACUCGUGAGACGCAUCCUAAGGUCAAAUUUUGGACCCAGGACGCAUUCUUGGACUGGGCUGAACGAGCUAGCGCGCAAGGGCUUCAUCGCGGGAAGAUUCCUUAUCUCGAAGGCGAAAACGGAGAACAGGUCCCUGAGGCGACGGUCAAAGCUAUUCGCAAGACUCUGCGUGGAGGAUGGUCAGAGCUCGUAAAUCGUCAGCUUGCACCGAAGUCAUGGGGCAAGUUGGCCUCGACAGGAAACCAAUUUAUUCACUCGCUCAUGGAAAGAUCUUACCCAUUGUUUACUCUUGCUCACGACGGAUGGAAACUAGAUUAUCUCUGCAAGUCCUCUUACUCCGCAUGGCGACGGAACCACCUUGACGACAAUGGCAACUAGAAAUCGAGGAAGGACAGCAACAACGACAGUGAUGACGACAGCGACGAUGGAGACUCUUCGGACACAAAAGGUAAGAAGCGCAAGAAAGUGAAGCACUCAAAGUCCGAGGUCCCAGAAAAGAAAGCCAAAUGUAAGUUCUCGCUCGAGUUGCUUUA